AUGGCUAGGAGAAACAGUAGAGCGAACGGAAACAAUAACAUACCAGAAAAUACUGGACAAGAUAAAAUCACAGUUGCAAGAGUGGUCAACAAUAAAGUAAGAAAUGGAUUAGAGAGUUCAAGUUUUGAGCAUGUGUAUCAUGCUUCAAAUUCUAUGUGCAGGACAACUGAAGCAGAUGAUGAAUGUUUUUAUUUGGGAUGCUCUGUAACAUCUUCCAUAUAUUUUUUCUUAAAUUACCAAAUGGAAUUAAAGACCACUCCACAAUGUAAGCCCAGAACUCACCUCAUGUUUCUGAAGACUCAUAAAACAGCAAGUAGCACUAUUCUGAAUAUCCUGUACAGAUUUGGAGACUCCAGAAAUCUGACAUUUGCUCUUCCAAAGGGGAAACAUAACACAUUUUCCUAUCCAGACAACUUUUCUAGUAGUUUUGUUGAAGACUUUCCUCCAAAGCUGGGUCUGAAGUAUCACAUUGUCUGUAAUCAUAUGAGGUUCAACUUGCCAGAGGUCAAGAAGGUCAUACCUGAAGAUUCAUUUUAUUUCUCAAUUUUGAGAAAUCCAGUCAACAUGAUGGAGUCUGCAUUCACAUAUUUUCAAGAUGCAGGUCCCUUUUCAAAGGCAAAUUCUAUAGAAAAAUUCCUAAAGAAGCCAUGGGAGUAUUUUAUGUCUGUAGCAUCUAAUAGGUAUUAUACUAAGAACUUCCUGGCUUUUGAUUUUGGGUUCUUAGAGUUUGGAAACUACUCUGAGGAGGUCGUCAAUUACACGAUUAGCAGGAUUGAGAGCAUGUUUGAUCUGAUUUUAAUUAGUGAAUACUUUGAUGAGUCCAUGAUCCUCUUAAAAAACACUUUGUGUUGGGAGUAUGAAGACGUACUAUCCUUCAAACAGAAUAGCAGAAGCAACAAAACAAAGCACUCUUUGUCUGAGCAGGUAAAGCUAAAUGCAACAAAAUGGAACUGGUUAGACUGGGAGAUCUAUGUUUAUUUCAAUAAGACUUUCUGGGAGAAGAUAGAUACUAACAUUGGCAGACAAAAAAUGCAGAAAGAAUUGAAAGAACUUAAGCGCAAACAAAAAGAUCUAAUGGAGACGUGCAUCCUUGGCAUCUCUGAUCCAGAUAAGAUUCAUGACUUGUCUCUUAAGCCUUACCAACCUGGAAAGGCAAGAAUUCUUGGAUAUGCUCUCAAACCUAACUUGACUGUGGAAAUGAACCAAAAAUGUAAAAGACUGGUUAUGCCCGAGCUUCAGUACACAGUUAUAUUAUACAACAAACAAUUUCCUCCAGUCAGGGCAAAGGAUAAACCAGUAAAACUUGUGAAUUCCAAACAGAAUUAG